GCCAGAAGCCAGCGCCGGCGGCGUCGGCCGCGCGGAUCCACAGCCAUGGGUCGCAUCAGCUGGCUGACGCUGCUGACGCUGAUGAUCAGCUUGAGCUUCACCUCAUCUGGGCCCGUCGCUGGCGUUGCUCGGUUCCGCUCGCGACCGCCGCCGACCUGUGACGACUACUGUCCACGUCAGCGGUGCACGGUCGGGGCGAACGGCCGAAUCCUCUGCCUCGGCGUCCCUCCCCGCCUCGACGACGACGAUCGUGGACCAUGCCGGUGCCGUACCAGAAGUGGUAAGCGCUGCAAGCGCUCCAAGUCCAAGCGCAAGUCGAAGUCCAAGUCGAAGUGCCGCUGCACAGGAGACUGCGGCUUCCGCGGCUCUGGGCGAGGUCGGACUGUGUUUGUCCGUGACCCUGCCCCGGCAGUGUCCGUGCCCGUGCCCGUGCCCGUGCCCGUGCCCGUACCCGUUUUUCAUCGGCCCCCGCCCCCGCCCCCGCCUCCGCCUUCGCCUCCGCUUCCGGUAGUGCCCGAUCCUAAUCCGGUUCAUUUGCAGCCGGUGCCGGUGCAACCGGUGCACGUGGUGCCGGUGCCGGUGCCGGUGCGGGUCGCAUCCCGGGUGACCUGUAAUGACCUCUGCCCCGGCCAGAAGUGCACGGUGACCGCAGACGGCCGGCCGCACUGCCUCGGAACACAGCCGUCGGACAGACGGGGACGCCGCCGCUGUCGUCACGGCAGGAAACGCAACGGACGUUGCAGGAAACGCUCCGGCUCUGACUCCAGCUCUGGCUCCCGUUCUCGCUCCGGCUCUCGCUCCGGCUCUCGCUCCGGCUCUCGCUCCGGCUCCAAAUCACGCUCCCGCUCCGGCUCCAGAAAGAAACACUACCGCUGCAAGUACAAGGGCAGGUGCUGAGGGGCGCCAAGCUUCGCCGUAGUUCUUGGCUCUUCUGUUCGCAUGUCUGCUCUGAAACGACGCGGCGCUUUCCUGACGGCGUUCUCAUUCAUCGAGAGGUGGUCUGACGGUUAUCUUGCAGCCCAAAAGAAUGAAGCAUUGCGCGAAUUUUUGCGUCGAAACACUUCUGUUUUCUCCCUAAAACCGUGCAGGCAUGAAUAUAAACCCUUAUUUCCGGCGUCAGAACGUUAUGGAAGAUGCAAUAUUAACCUGCUAAGAUGUCAACGCUUUGCUGCCAUCAGAUUUGGAUCAUUAUUAUCUUGGCUGCUAGUUGAUGCAGAGCAUGGACGAUAGAACAAAGUUGUUGGCUGAUGGUUUACAACGGCGGUAAUAGGAGAUUUACCCCUACAGAGAGCAUGCUUGCUGAAUUAUUACUCUGCAAACUGUUUCGUGGCGGCCUGGUCUUCUGUCUUUCUGUCUGUCUCAUGGCCAUGAAGUGAAACCAUUGCUGCAUUUCAGA